CCACAAAAACGAAAACAUUUCUUUGAUUCUGCCGGCGAAAGCAAGUCCUGCAAUAUUAUCAUCUUCAGAAUACGCAAACAGCUGAAUCGUGUUUCUCCAAGUCCAAAUUCUCCUUUGAGUUCAGCCCCCAUAAUACUGGUCCCAAAUCAAGUGCUUUUCAUGCAAUUUGGGGGACCUUUUUCUUUUUUGUAAAUUUCCGGCCUAAUGUCACAAACGGUUCCCAACAAUUCGAUUGCUGAUUGCAGAUGAGUUAAAUCUUUUGCAGUAUUUGCAGAGAGGAAAGGACUUCUAUUCCUGGGAUAACAUUCUGGUGAUUUGCACGAAUACCCACAUUGUUUGAUCACUCAAUGGUGUGUGCGCGCGUACAGUUGAUUACCAUUCCUGUGCACUGCAGCUGUUUUAUGUUUAAACUGCAUUUGCGGGCGAGAUUGUUUUCAGUCACUGCACGUGAAUUUUUAUGCACUGCUUGGCGUCAAGAUGGAUGACAUUUUAUUGUUUGUUUUCACAAGAAGUUUUUUGCGCAUGCGGUUAUCCUUGAUUGUCAUAUUGGCGAUGCAAACGGGUGCCGUGCAACGUCAGAAAGAAAAUUUAAGUCAUUGCGUAAACAAGAAUGGAAUAGGCAGUAAAUGCUAGGAAGUGAACUGAUUUCGUCGCAUCAAAUCUCUAAUAACGCAUAUUCAGUGUCAGUGUGGCAUUCAACUUCAAACCAAGAGGAAAGGAUGUCAUUACAGGCUCAUGUGCAAGUAUCGCAUGACCAGUGAACACUUUCAACUGUUUUCAUGGCUGCAGACGUAGACCUUCGAUCCUGGGGGGGACCCCUGAAACCAUCUUAUUGAAGUGAACGAAUUUAUAGCGCAUACAUCUGGUGAAACAUUUGACUUCACCUCAUCGAUGCUGUCUCGCCGUUUACGUUUCAUGCUUGAAUCUGAACUCCAUAACACACACACACACACUCUCUCUCACGCGCGCACACACACACUAAAUUCAAACAAAGAGACGAUUAUUUGCACCCGUAAACUAAUGUUAGUUUUUCAGGUGAGGUGAAAAUUCAACUCUUAUUUUCUGUCGCAAAACGGCGCGAGUAAGUCAUUAUUUGCUUAUAUUGCAGCUGCUCAUUUGACAGCAUUCUCAAAUGCAGUUGAAAUUGAUUUGAGCUUCACAAAACGUUGCGUUUUGGGGGAGAACGGGAAAAAAAACAUGCAAACCCAUGCCUGAACUGACAUCUGAUUUGUGCGUACAAAUAUUGAUCGUAUGUACACUAAAAACUAAAACAAUAAACAAACACGUGCGGUAUAUUUAAAGCUCCCCACAAAUCAAUCAGACGCAAAAAGCACUCAGUAAUUUUGCUGUUUAAAUGCACUUUGGGGUCCAGCAGUGAGCCUUCCCUGCACAUCACAUAUCGUCUGAAAGCAGAUAUUAAAGUUUGAGAGUGAAAGUUAAAAUUAAACUUAAUGACGCCGUUAUUCUAAUUGCAGCCCACAUUGCAGCGUGUCGGCUUACCAGCCCGAUGUUGUUUGGUGUUCUGCUAAGGGCUACAUUGCGGGAUACAGCAGCCAAAUUAACUACACUAACGACAGUAUCCUCAUUGUGAGAUAUUUAUAUUUUAUAUUUUUUGAACUCCUUUUAGAGCUGCAACAUGUCCUCGGUCUUUGCGCGCGUGCUUCACAUGCGCACAAGUGUACCGUUUUGACGUCAAGAGUGGCACCGGGAUGCUUGCUUAACGACACGUUUAUGAACAAUCAAAUGAUCGUCGUUAAAAUUUAUUGACAGGCAUUAAAACAUGAACGGCCACAAUGUGGAAUAUAGCCGCGCCUGUAGGCUGCCUGUCACCUGCCCUGUAGACCAGGGUCCCGACAAUCUUAUCUCCCUGGACCCCCAUUUUAGGGAAUUUCGGCCUCUUGAAAACGGCAUAAACUUUAUUGUGGGCUUCCCCCGCCUCCCAGGUACUCCUCUCUUGUCUGUUUAGCGGCCAGCGCCAUCCUUUUUCUUAAAAAAAAAGAAACACACAAAAAUAAAACACCCCACAGUAGAGGACAUGUCAUAAUUGCUCAUAAAGAGCGACUAAAAAGGGCUGUUUGUGCAAAGAAUCGUUUUCAAUUAAGAUGCAAUAUUAUUCACCGCAGUACCAUCAAGCUGGAGCACAAUGCAGCCGGACAGAGAUUGAUGACAGCGUCAAAUAGUGCCGGGCUCCGUUUCAGACGCAGUGUGCGCAUGUAUCUUCACUGCGUCUACGCAAAGAUCCUUCACGCCGCGUCCUGUUGAGCGGAACACGAGAAAAAGAAAAGAACAGGAACGAGCAACGCACUAAAGUUGGAAUGGGGGUCCACUGUGGAAAAACAAAGUUUUUUAAUCCGACGAAUGCGCAAGGCUACCCCGCGGUAAGCGGCGCAUUGAUCCGCCGUGCGAUUUUUGUCACGUGAAACUGGGGCAGCCAAUGGGAAGCAGCGGGGCUCGGAAAAAUAAUUACCUGCCGUGAUUGUUCGACGGUCAGAUAAAAAAAAAGUACACAUACAAGCCAUAUAAUAAUCGGAUGCAUGUAAACGAGUGCGGGAAGCUGCGACAUGUCGACCACGGGGCCCAUAAGUAAUUAUUAUGUGGACUCCCUGAUCAGCCACGACAGCGACGAGGUCCUGGCGGCGGCGGCGGCAGCUGCCGCCGCCGCCACUCGCUUCUCGGCACCCGCCUCGCACCCUUCCGGCCCGCGUCCAGCGUCCCUGGUAGCGGACUGCGGAGACUACCCGUCGUGCAGCUUCGCCGCCAAACCGUCCGUGUUCCCCACCUCGUGGGGUCCCUCGCAGUCCUCAGUGGUGUACCAUCCGUACAGCCACCAGGCUCACUUGGGCACAGACUCGCGGUACGUGCGCUCCUGGCUGGAGCCCAUUUCGGGCGCAGUACCUUUCCACGGCUACCCGGGCAGCGGCAGGCACUACGGCUUGAAACCUGACGCCUUCCCGGAGCACAGAGCCGCCGAGUGCCUGGCGAGCACCGGGCGGACCUACGCGGAUUAUCUGUACUGCUCUUCCUCGGACAUGCGGGACAAGACACUGCAGAGCCUCCCGUCGCCCGAACCGGAGCUGCUGCCCGCGGGGAAGCAUAAAGAGGAGAAGCCCGAGUUUGACCCAAGUAACCCCGUGGCAAACUGGAUCCACGCCCGCUCCACCAGGAAGAAGCGCUGCCCCUACACAAAGUACCAGACUCUGGAAUUGGAAAAGGAGUUCUUGUUCAAUAUGUACCUGACCAGGGACCGUCGCUAUGAGGUGGCCCGGGUCCUCAACCUGACCGAGAGGCAGGUGAAAAUCUGGUUCCAGAACCGGCGAAUGAAGAUGAAGAAAAUGAACAAAGAGAAGAGCGACAGCAAGGAGCAAUAAUGUCGUGGAAGCCCCAACUGUCACGAGUUGAACCACUAUGGACAGCUAUGACAACGCAGCUACAAAGCGCUUCUUCCUUUUUUGUAUUUAUCAUGAUUUUGGUUCAUUGGUAACGCCAUUUUAAAGACUCUUUGAUGCUUGUUAUUUUUCUACGCAAACGGGCGUCCUCUUCCAAAAAGAGAAAGAAAGCUAAUUCAACACUGACACUUUACGGCAUUGUAUACUUUUUCUGUUUUGGUUUUUGUUCUUUUUUUGUACGUGGAAUGCUCAAAGUACAAUUUGGGCACGUAGCAGCACUCCCAACUAAGAGAAUACUUGAAAUCCUCAGCGUGUCCACAUCCAUCAUUUACGUCGCAAGUGGAGUAUUUUGUACAGGAUCGAAACAUCUGCCUCUGUCUGUCCUCUUUGUAUUUUUAUGAUAGUUGUUGUGUAUCUUUUUGGGACUGUAAUAUCCUAUAACAAUAGGAAUGUAGACCUGCAUAUAUAAACAUAAUAAUCAUAAACAA